AUAGCCGCGAAAAUCGAUGUUGUCGUCUGCUCACGUGAAACUUUUUGACUUUGUUUUGUGCUUGACAUUACAACAUAACGAGAAUAUUGGCAAGGAAGUACUCGUAUCAACUCCUGUAGUUCUAUAAAAGAUGAGUCAGGUCACAAAACGCCUGCGUGACCAUGGCAACAAGACCCACAACUUUGUUUGACAGCUCACCAUUUCACCAUGUUCCAUGCUCACCUUUCGUUGGGACAACACUAUCAUCUGGUUCUCCAGCCCAACGAGCUGUGCCAGAUAUUGGAGAGAUGAACCCAUCAUUUGUGGUAGACAGUCCACAGUCCGUUGCUGGUCAAGAUGUUCCUCAAACUCCAACAUCUGCUCAUAUUCGACGACCUUCACAUAUGUCUCUUCGGACUCAAUGCACGCCAUGCAGUGCAUCACACCGACCACCAGCAACACCCGAGCAAGAGGUGCCACAGACACCGAUCAAGAGAGAUGUUUCAGCAAAAAAAACAUCACACCUCAAAGUAAAGUUGCAGCAGGAAAACAACAGAACAAAACUAGUUUCAAGAAAAGGGGAGUCAAUGGAAAUUAAUCUUUUCCACGGUGAUGACAUUUUCGGAUAGGAUUUCCGUAUUGUUCAUGAGUGAGUGCAAAUGCAGACAAAAUAGUUUUAUUUCGAGUUUUCUUUUUGCUCUCAGAAAAAUCUGCAAAAUUGUUAUUGUAAUAAACCGUAGACGUAUAGACGUAUGUAAAAGUUGCAGCCAAUAUAGGUCAGCUUUUGUAUGUACUCAAUAAAAUGUUCCUACUUUUCUCCAAAGGGCCAAAUAUCAAUCCUACUAAUGAUUUGAAUUUACUCAUGUGUAGUAAAAGCAUGAAUAGAACUGUGAUUAGCGGUUCAUAUUAAAGAAGUUAACUUAAGAAAAGUUGGAAAUGAUUGCAAUAGGAAGUAUUAUAUUGCAUAGUUUUAAUCAGUGAGAUCCCGCAAGUUAGAGUGAGUAGAGAACUCUAGUGAGUAGUUUUUGAUUUGAGUCCUACAAAAAAAAUAUUGAGAAAAAAAUACUGAUGCCCUCCUUUAUUUUGUUAGCAUCAUGGACAUAUAAAAGCAGUGGAAGCAACUCGUAUAAACUGUCUAUCACCGCCGUGCGUCUAUUGUUUACUUUUUUAUAAAAAAUAAAAAAGUGGUAAGUUUACCGAAGGUCAUCAGUACUUACCUCGCAUCUUCUUCUAAAGAGUUCAUUUGCACUUGUCCCUUACACAGCUGUUAACAUCUUGAGGUUGCUCUUGACCAAUCCCUAUUAAUGAACAGUCACAUCAUUGUCUGCAAAAGUGGUUAUUUUCAAAUUCACAAUUUGGGGAAAUGUUGUUCAUCACUCAAAAUGCAUGCUGUCAGAACGCUGUCAGAUCAUAGGUACUUUCAGGCAUUUACUAAAUCUGCCAAAUCAUUUAUGUACGGUGCUAGGGAAGUGGAUCUCCCAGGUCUAUCUAUAGCUAAAUUUUUGCGUUCACUUCACCACUGGCUCCCCAUCAAGAAAACAAUCGUGUUUAACAAAUUUCUAUUUGUAUAUAGAUCCUUCCAAUGGCAAUUUCCUAGUUUGUUACUUUUCUGCCAAUCUUACAUUGUAUAUACAGAUGGGCUGGGAGGUCACAGGUUGCUCCUCUUCCGAUUUCAACCGGCUAGUUGUUUCAAGCUCCAAAGGGAAGGGCUGAGGACAGCUCAUUCUUUGCUGUUGUCCCUUUUAGGAAACAACCAGCCGUGUGAUAUCAGGGAAACCCGCUACUACUGCGACAUACAAGCGCAAAUUCAACUCACCCAUUUCCUAGCCUGUGAUUAGGUUUGUUGUUAUGUAUUUUCUUCAUCUCUUUGUGUAAUUCUGAUGGUGAUUACAAGUCGCUGUAUUCUUGUAGGGCGCCAUAAUUAUACAUGC